AUGAAGCGCCAGACCCGGCUCCUGGAAGAGCAGUUCAAGAACAACGGGUGCCCAGCUGCGUUUAAAGAGCUCGAAGCCAACCGCAACCGGAUCGAGGAAGUGAGGGCGGCGAUGCAAGCAGAACGGGAUGGAGUGAGAACGCAGUUGGAAUCGAUGAAGGCUGCGCUAGAGGCGGUGAAAACGGAGAACAGCGGAUUGCAAGACACGAGAGGUAACACGAGCACAAUGCAGAAGAAGCGUGACUUCAUUCUGGGCAAAAUGAAGGAGGCGUUUGGAUCGAAGACGGCGGACGCUGAAGAGUUCAAGGCGCUUGCGGUCGAGUUCUGGGAGAAAGAAAUGAGUUGGUCCACGACAAGACAGUCACCGAGUUCUUAG